UGAAUCAUACGAGAGCGAGUGAAGCAACUCGCGCCGUCGACUUCACACAAGCGUUCGACGCACCGAAUCCCGCGCACGUAUCAACUUUUUAUAAUACCGGUCCAAAUAUUCACCUUGCGGAACAGUUUUCUUUUACAAAUGACAUCGCAAUUAACUUUUUGUGUAUUAGAAAGUGUGUGGUUAAUUAAUAAGUAAAUUGACAAUUUUGUGUAUUUUAGUUGUGUAAGUGAGUGUGAUUAUUGUUACAAAAUGUUUCCGAGGAUUCAAGGACUGUUCCAUUCGGUAACAGACAAGCGGUCGCAAAACAACGACUGUGGAACCAACAGCAUGACGAUAGUAACAGAGAAGAAGAUAGAAGAUGAUGCUUCAGACUCUUCUAGUGGAGAGAAUGUUGAAAUUGAAGACAAACCACUGCCAAUUGUGGAGCCUCCUUCGUUAGAAGCGCCUGAAGAGAGCCAUUCAGUGCAAUGUUCGUGUCCCAAUUGUGAUGAGGUGUUAUCCAGAUUCUCUGAAUGCAGCAUAUGCUUAGAGCCCAUGCAGUGCUGCGGUCCGUGCGUUUGCCCCUGGUGCGGUGGUGUCUGGUGUGGGAGGUGCUCACGUCGCAUGUCCAGAUGUGCCUGGUGUCGAGGCACCCUGCGGACGCCUGCAGCUGUCUGCCUCGCUCUGCAGAGGCUGGUCAAUGACCUCAUGCUGCCGUGUCGGAACUAUAGACGCGGCUGCACAGAACUCCUCACCGCUACAACAAGAGCGAAGCACGAAGAAGAUUGCAAAUACGACACGAUGACGUGUCCGAUCACUGCCAACUGCUGUUCUGUGCCCUUCGAGGAACUAUCGUCCCACCUACAAGCUACCCACAACAUCAUAGCAGUUUACUCACAGAAGAUCAAAAUAUUAAUAGAGAACUUCCAAACGAAGCUAAAGAAGACAGCGUGUUGUAGAACGAAGUACAAGAUAGUCUUACUCUAUCAGAAGAGUGCCUUUAUCAUCAAAGUGUGUAUUUACAACUACCAUGUAAGAGUAGAAGUAAUGAGAAGGAAGCUCGGCUACAUAGCUGAUGCUAAACAAGAAAGUAAGAAAAGCGAAUACUGUGCUCUAGUAGAGUUCCAAAGCAAAGCCCUUUGUACUAAAUCAGCUAUUAUGAUAGAAAAUGAGACAUAUGGGAAGAAAGCUGAAGUACAAUGGAAUGAUGUAAUAAUGAAAUCUGACACGGAUGAAGCUAUUACUAUACAUGUCAAUAUUGGCAAAGCCGAUAAUGAAAAUAGGAAAGACGUUGGUGAAACAUAGGUGUCAAUGGACAAUGUUAUAUGGACCAAUUUUUAAAGUUUAGUAAGUAUGCAAGUACCGUCGCGAUGAUAGUGGCUAUGUGAUUCAAGUUAAGGUGCCAUUCGAAGAAGCUUCGGCAUCUUAAAGUUACUUCUGUUGAAAACAAAACGUAAAAAAGUUCCACCAUGUAGUCAUUUCGAGAGGAUCUUGCUAUUUAAGCUAUUUGUAUUGUAAUAACUAAUGAUCCAAAAUAAAUAAAGAUGCUGUAACAGAAUAGUACUAUUAGCGCAGAUACCUACCUAUAAAAUCUCUAAGUGAAAAGGGUACCCAAAUUGACAAACCAAAAUAAACAAAACAAUGACAUGUCAAAAUUAUAGCUCGACAGUAAACGAUGUAAUUUUCACAUCGUUAUACCAUCCUUAUUAAAUUUGAUUGGACUAUGAAAUUAUAAAGAGAUCACAAUUUAAGUUAAUGUAUUAUGCAAAUGUGGUGUAAAAUCCAUGAUCAAUGAUGUUCCCAAAGUGGCAAUGUUCCCAUUGUAAAAACCCUUUUGUGCUGUCCUAAGUGCCCUAACAUCUGUACUAUUAAAGACCUGUACGAAGCCACUGAAAUGCCGUAAGCGUGGCCAAUUAUUGGUCAGCAAAAAUUUUGUUUCGAUCGCCAUCGACUCGCAAAGAAGAAGAAGUAAAGACACUGGUUCAAAUUGUUCUUUCUUGUACUCUGGCCUUAUCUGCCUAAAAGUUAGGUAGUAAAGCUCCUUCUACAAAGUUUUGCGCCUUUUUACUGAUGGGAAUGUUCCCAAAGUGGGAAUGUUCCCAAAGUGGGAAUGUUCCCAAAGCGGGAAUGUUCCCAAAGUGGGAAUGUUCCCAAAGUGGAAAUGUUCUCAAAGUGGGAAUUUUCCCAAAGUGGGAAUGUUCCCAAAGUGGGAAUGUUCCCAGAGUGUCAUCAUUGAUCAUCACUGUCCAUGAUAGACCAUUCCGGAGAACGCGUGACUUACAUCGUGGUAUCACGGGUGCGAAUUCCGGUUCGGGCUUUAAACCACUGAAGUCGACUUUUAUGAGUUUGAAGUCAUGUUUGGAUCUUAGAUAAUUGAUAUAACGUGGUUUCCUGGGUGGUCGCAGUUAGACAUAGCUUGUGAUGCUAUAUGUUACGUUUCUAUGUCAAAAUUCCAUAAAAGAGACAUAUUAAUUGUACUUAGUGUAAGGCAACAGAUUGUGGCCAAAUGUGACUGAAUUAGUCUUAAACUUAGUCUAAAUGUAGCAGUUAAGUACCAUAAUGAAUAAAGUUAGUAUUUUCUCAGA